GUGUGACAUGCGUUUCCACAUCAUUAUCGCCGCUGUCUUUUGGUGUGGUUUCGUAGAUUCGCGGAAAAUAAGAGGGAUAUCUUCGUCCUGUGAGUUCACUGUCUCCUUCACGCUAGCUAAGGGCUAAGUAGCUAUCUCAAUUAUUUGUCAAUGACACUGUAUAGUGUGACUUUAACAGCUCUCUGCAACAUGUUGCUGUGACGUUGUCAUCUCUGCAGACAGCUUGUAACAACUGUACACAGCGUUUAAAGUUUGUUCUAUCCAUAAAGCCAGACCUUUAGUUGUAUCAAUAGUUACAGUAGCUUUUCUUUACAGACUGUGGAAUAGAGCCACAAGCUUUCACCCUGAAAUGCAUUCUGUAGAUGCAAAAUGUUAUUAAAAGCCUUUGUUUGGUUACGUUUCUAGCUGCAGUUAAAGCCCAUCAACAUGCAUCCUUCAGUAAUGUUUUUAAUCCUCUAACAGACAAGCGCUUCUACAGGGAGAAGAAGUCCUUUCUGUGCAUUGAUGGGUCCAAGAUCAUUCCCUUUGAGCAGGUGAACGAUGACUACUGUGACUGUGAAGAUGGCUCUGAUGAACCAGGCACCUCAGCCUGUCCUCGUGGCCGAUUCUACUGCACCAACCUGGGUUUUCGCCCACACUACAUCCCGUCAUCACGAGUCAAUGAUGGCAUCUGUGAUUGCUGCGAUGCUUCAGAUGAAUACAACAGCCACGCUCACUGCCAGAACACUUGCUGGAAUCUGGGACAGAGAGAGAGAGCAUACGUGGAGGGCCAGAUGAGGACCUUGGACGAGGGUUUGCAGCUCAAGCAGCAACUGAUUGAGGAGGGAGUGCUGCUCUGGAGAGAAAAACAGGCCCAGCUCCGAGAGCUUCAGCAGGUAGCUGAGGACCUACAGAUCAAAUUAGAGGAACACAGAAGGAAGAAACACGAGGCCGACCGAAUCAAAGAGCAAACAUUAAAGGCGCUGGAAGCAGGGGACAGCAGUCUUUUAAGAAGUCAGAACAGCACAGUAACCAGCACUUUCAAGUUACUGGACAUCAAUAAAGAUGGCAGUAUAACCGUGGAUGAAGUCCAGGCUAAAGUGGCACUUGUCCAUGAUGAAGAGCGGGUUCUCUCUGAGGAUGAGGCAGUGGCUUUGUUGGGAGGAGGCUAUCAGAUGGAUCUUACCAAGUUUCAGCACACACUCUGGGACAUCCUGACAGAAGGAGACAGUGUCAAGAUCAGAGACACACAUGGUGCACCAGGCGUGGGUGAAGAUCCUCACUUAAAGGCAGCUGACAGAGCUGCAGAGUGGGAGGCUACAAAUCUGAAGAAGGUAGAAGAAGCCUAUGAGACAGUCAACAUGGAAAUAAGUGAUCUCCGGAAAAAGCUGGCCAUAGACUACGGACCAGAUUGGGAGUUUCUGUUUUUGAACAGCCAGUGUUACAAGCUGAAAGUAUAUGAGUAUACCUAUACGCUGUGUCCAUUCAAUCAAGUCACACAAAAGAGCAACGCAGGAACAGAGGUCUCAUUAGGGAGGUGGGGGAUGUGGGCAGGAACACCAAAGAACCAGUACAGUCAGAUGGUGUAUGAGAAUGGAGAACCCUGCUGGCAAGGAGGUUCACGCAGUACUACAGUCACAUUGACAUGCGGAACAGAGACAGCCUUGCGAUCGGUGAAGGAGCCCAGCAAAUGCCAGUACAUCAUGGACUUUCAGACUCCUGUGGCCUGUCAGCCGGUGCUGAAGCAGCGGGGCAUACACAGUGAACUGUGACCCCUUCCCUUACUGGCCUGGUCUAGAUUAAUUUAGCCCCCCUUGGCUAGCCUGCGGUGACAGCCUGGGGUCCUGAGGGUCCCCUCUGACAUCUGUGUUGUCAGAACAUAUAUUCUUCCAAAGAAGUCUUGCUAAGGUCAGAAUCAGAUUUUCAGUAAUGCUGCACCUAGACCACUUAAGUUUUCAUGAAUUGUUACACUGUUGUUGCUUUAUAUUGUCACUUGUUUGAGUACAGCAUUAAUGAAUGACUUAGUGGACACAAUCAUUCUUCCCAAUGCACUAUAUUCCUUAUAUGGGUUUACACUUAAGGCCUUACAAUUAAUACGAUUAACAUGUUAAUAAUUGAAUAAAUAAAGUGAAACUAGUUCAAUUACAAGCCCAAAUGACAUGCCACUAAUUUUACUUAAAGCCAGAGCUUGAGUUAGAUUCACAUAGAACCCCAUUGUUAUCCAAAAACGAUUAAAAACACAUCAAUGAGCCACACUGUUGCAUAGGUUGAGACUUUCCUUCAUAAUGAUAAAGAUGAGCAAUGAAGUUUAUUUUGAGUCAAUCCGCCAUACACUGCCAUUCUGCUGUAAAUAUUCACUCUAGAGCCAAAUGUGUAUUAACCAACAGCUGAAAGUAGUCCCUAACAAAUGCACUUUUUUUUUCUCGUUUGAGUAACCACAGUGCACAGCUGUUUUACGGAAUUAUUCAGCCUUUUAAAAAAAAACCUAACUAUGUAUUUGUGACAAGUUAUUACAGAGAUUUUAUCAUCAGCCGCGGGCCGAGCACCACAAACAGGGUAAAGAAGUUAAGUAUUCAGAGACAAAGUAACACAUUGUUUGCUUUGGUCUUUUCAAGAUGUUCAAGGUGUUUUCUUUUCUUGUAGACAAAGGGAAAAAUACAGAAAGUGAACACUGUUUUAUUAUACACAUUAUAUUUCAGUAUAUUUACACUAAAGACUCAGCAACAUUAGAAUGUGUAACGUUGAAUGAAUAAAGUGACAUUGCUACUACUGUAACUGCUGUAUCAAAAAACUGAUUAUUCAUAAGCACAAAUAAAACUACUUCAUACUUUAAUAUAACCUCACCAACUGUACUGUUACCUUGUUAUAUCAUUUCCUAAACAAUCACACUGUAAAACAUUUUCAAAUGGUUUGAAUAUUAAGUAUAGACCUACAUAUUUCUACGCACUAAUGUACAGUCUCACAACACUUUCACAAUGUAGACCCACUUUCAACUACUAUUAGUGAUGCAUGUUGUACUGAAUGUAAUGUAUCUUGAUUCCACAAGAUUCUGCCAGCAUUAGCAGUCUGCUUCUUACUCUGCAUGCUAUUUAUGAUGUUACGUAACAGAUUGUGUGUGUUUUGCAGCCUGGCUCAUUAAGAGGGAGCUAAAUCAGCUGUCAGGAAUAGGCUACCUGAUAUAUUCCUACCCUGCUGGGGCAGCUGGGUGGCUGUUUGCCUGUUAGCAAUGCAAUAGCCUCAGGCCUUGUAGCUUAGGGGCUGCCGUUUUUUUAUUUAUCUGGCUUCAGCUCCCAUCCACAUUCUCUUUUUUAAUGGGGAAUCUUACUAUUUGCUUUCACCUUUGGUUUUUAGGACAAUUGUCAGGUUUGUAUAAGGUGUC